UCUUUUCCUCUUCGCGCAUACUCGGCCACGCUCUCGCUGGCUCUCGCUGCACAACUUGUUGCCUUCGGUACUUGUAUACUAAUAAGCUUCGUCGUAGUUACUUGAUUUUCAAGAAAUUGAAAAAAAAGUUGAUAUAAGUAGCUUUUGCGAUAACAAUCAUGACAAGCUAUCACAAACCCGAGGCUAAGACCAUCGCCAAGCUGGAGGAGCUGGCGAACCAGCUGAGGAUCCACUCCCUCGAGGCCACCACAGCCAGCAAGUCAGGACACCCGACAUCAUGCUCCUCCAUGGCGGAGAUCGUGUCCGUGCUGUUCUUCCACACGAUGCGGUACAAAAUAAGCGAGCCCCGCGACCCAAACAGCGACAGGUUUAUCCUCAGCAAAGGCCACGCCGCACCUAUCCUCUACGCAGCUUGGGCCGAGGCUGGACUCUUUCCCGUCGAGGAUUUGCAGAACCUGAGGAAAUUCGACAGCGACCUCGAGGGCCACCCCACACCCAGACUGAACUUUGUCGAUGUGGCCACUGGAUCUCUCGGGCAGGGUCUCUCCGUCGCCGCUGGUAUGGCCUACGUUGGCAAGUACUUCGACAAAGCCUCCUACAGGACUUACUGCCUGAUCGGUGACGGCGAGUCGGCCGAGGGAUCGAUCUGGGAGGCUCUGCACUUUGCCUCCUUCUACGGUCUGGACAAUCUCUGUGCCAUCUUCGACAUAAACCGACUCGGCCAGAGCGAGCCCACCUCCCUUCAGCACAACAUGGAGACUUACCGCAAGCGCCUCGAGGCUUUCGGCUUCAACGCCAUCGUCGUCGACGGACACGAUGUCGAGGAGCUCGUCAAAGCUUUUUACGAGGCCGAACAGACCAAGGGUCGUCCCACGGCCAUUCUCGCCAAGACCUUCAAGGGUAGGAAUUUCAUCAACAUCGAAGAUCUCGACAACUGGCACGGCAAACCCAUCGUGGGCAACCAGUGCCAAGAAGUUAUCAAACACUUGAAAACGAUGUUGAAAACACCAGAGUCCGAUCGCAAGGCGUCAAAACCAGUCAUCGCAAAGCCAGUCGAGGACGCGCCCAAAGUGAGCAUCACCCACGUCAAGCUGGACACUCCACCGAGCUAUAAGCUUGGAGAAGCUGUUGCCACUCGACUAGCUUACGGCACUGCUCUUGCCAAGCUAGCGAAAAACAAUCCUCGAGUCAUCGGCUUGGACGGUGACACGAAAAACUCGACUUUUGCCGAGAAGAUCAAGGCCGUUGACCCCAAGCGCUUCAUCGAAGGCUACAUCGCCGAACAGAACAUCGUUGGUGUCGCGAUUGGUGCCGCUUGCAGAGACCGCACAGUUGCCUUCGUCUCCGCCUUUGCCGCCUUCUUCAGUCGUGCCUACGAUCAGAUUCGUAUGGGUGCGAUCUCCCAAACGAACGUAAACUUUGUCGGCUCCCACUGCGGUGUGUCUAUCGGUGAGGACGGGCCCUCGCAGAUGGCCCUGGAGGACCUCGCGAUGUUCCGCGCUGUGCCAGGCUCUACCGUCUUCUAUCCCUGCGACGCCGUGUCGACCGAGCGCGCGGCUGAGCUCGCUGCCAACACCAAGGGCAUCUGCUUCAUCCGCACCUCGCGACCCAACACGCCGGUGAUCUACAAAAAUGACGAGCCUCUGGCCAUCGGCAAAGCCAAGGUCGUCAGGUCGUCUAACAAUGACAGGGCUCUCGUCAUCGGCGCUGGCGUCACUUUGCACGAGGCCCUCAAAGCCGCAGACAUCCUGGCCAAGGCUGGCAUCAACGUGCGCGUUAUGGAUCCCUUCACCAUCAAGCCCAUCGACCAGAAGGCUAUUAUCGACAAUGCGGUCCAGACGAGCGGCAGAAUUAUCACGGUCGAGGACCAUUAUCCCGAGGGUGGCCUUGGCGAGGCUGUGCUCUCGGCCAUCUCCGAGCAUCCAAAUCUCAUUUUGAGGAAGCUGGCUGUCAAGGAAGUCCCGAGAUCUGGUAAGCCAGACGAGCUGCUCAGCUACUACGGCAUCGACGCUACCACCAUCGCCAAGGAGGUCCAGGACUUUAUCAAGAAUUAAAUCUUCACCGGCUGGAGCUACACCGUGUUAUUUCCGUUUGAUACCAGUUUACUCUGCACUUUUGGAUUGUGGAUCAAUGUGUACGGUGUUUGAAGAAAAAAAAAAAAAUAAUAACAAACUGGAAAACAAAUCAUAACAAUAGAGAAAUUGUGUGUUUUGUAUCAUUUGUAAGAAUUUGCGGGUUUUUUUUUUUUAUACUUUCUCCGAGAUAAUGGUAUUUACAAGUGUAUUUUUUUAUCAAUAAUUGUUACUUUUGUAGAGUGAUUUUUCAAGAUAACGUUGAAGUGACGAAGAGUUGAAUUGUGAAAAAAAUACGCAGGCCUACGCGCACAAAUAUAUUUUUUGUGCAUGUCGCAUACAAAACUUCUAUCUUCGUACUUUUGAUAAGUAUAUUAUUGCAAUUUUAUACAGUUAUGUACAAAAUACAUAUAGUAUAUACGUUGUGUUUUUCAAUGAAGAAAGUUUACAUUGUUGACGAGGUAAAAAAUAAUAGCAAUGAUAACUGCCAAGCAAACAAGCCAGCAUGAACUUGAGAAUAUAUUUUCUAUUGAUACCACUUA